AGGUCUUGUGUACUUAAGCAUACAGUUCAAUCAUUGAUUAUACUGAGUGACAGACUGGAUCGAUUGCACUAUAUAUAUUGAGAGAUUAUAAAUGCCGCAGAUCGAUCAAUACAGGAAAUCAAGCAUUGAAAAUGUAUGGAAAGAACUCGUCCUUAAACCGGCUUGUUUACUUUUAUUUUCAAUGGUGUGUUAUGUAUAUUGGAAUUUGACAUUCAAUUUUCUACAUUUGGUGAACUAUAUGUAUGCAGGUGAAAAUAUAGCAGAUAUUGAAUUCAAAAACGUUACCAAAAAAAAUCUUACUCGAUGAUAAUGUUAUCGUUUCAAUACAAAAUUGUUAAUAACAAGUAUGGAACUUUUCAAACUCUUAUCACUAAAGAUUCACCGUGGAUAAUGUGAAACAAAUCAAAUUUGAACAAGAAUAAGUGUUCAAGUGUUUCCAAAUACAAUUUGCUACUCAAUAUACUAAAUAAAUGAAGCAUACUUUCCUGUGUUUGAAACGUCGGUUAUAGUUGACUCUUAACAUCCACUAUUUGGAGUCACUUUGAAAGACGAAACCUCCUGGACGGGCCAUCCUGUGUACAGAAAUGGCUGAGCGAGUGAUCCGGAAUGUUGAGAACGACUACCUGAUGUGUAGUAUCUGUCUGGGCCGGUACCGCGACCCCCGCCUCCUACCAUGCGGCCACAGCUUCUGUCGUCAGUGUCUCGACGACCACAUCCGGCAGACGAUCACGAACCCCGCCGCCCCGCACUUCAUGUGUCCCAAUGACCGCACACAGAUAGGUCGACCGUCCGUUGGUGUUCCUCCGCGGAAAUGGGCAGACGUUUUUCCGGUGGACACGUUUCUAAGCAGCCUGCUGAACGCCGUGAUGAUCCAUGCUUCCGGGUCACAGAGCGGGGAGACCGGAAGUUCCGUCUGCAAACUACACAAGAACCGCGUGAAAGAGUUCUAUUGUAUGAACUGUAAGGAGACGGCAUGCGCUCUGUGUAUCGUGAAGAACCACAAAGGGACGCGGUGUGAUUGCGUAAGUAUUGACGAGGCAAUAGACAAAAUGCGACCAAGAUUGGACUCCGUGAGAAACACGUUACAGAGGCAGAUCCAAAACGCGCGCCAGUUUCAACGCGGUGACGAAGGCGGUGACGUCAGACUGACGGCGAGUAAGGAGCGCGUGCUCUCUGAGCUUGUUGAUCUGGAAACCAAAAUGACGUAUUAUUACAGAACCGCAAAGCAGCAGAUUGAAGACAUGAAGUUGACUGUCAGAGAAGCGGGGCAAACUAUGGUGCAGGACAGCGCGCAUGUGUCCGUGAUGGUCACAAACAUAAGUGACACUAUUAAAACGUAUGAUGAUACCUGCGACAGUGGUUCUGGAGUUGACAUUUUGCAACUUUUGCCAAAAAUAGAAGGUCAAGUCAAGGAAUAUGAGAACGCUCUUAAGACCUUAUACGUUCAGCCGCCUGGUGUUGAGGUUAAUUUUGUCGUAAAUAAGCACACAGAGCGCAUAUUUGAAAACAUCCCUUCACUUGGUUCUUUGGUAAUACAAAGUCCAGACAAAUAUGGCCAUCAAGGAUAUGUAUUCCGUGGUCACCAUGCCAACCAUUCAGCGAGGGGUCAAGGUCAAGGUAAUGCAAGAAUGCUUAUGCAAAGUUUAUCUCUUGACUCACUGGAAACUGCCCGAAGUGCGCCGUCCCCUAGAUCAACGAGCAGCAGCUCGUACAGACCAGAGUCAAUGACCCCUAGAACUGGGCGAUCUGAUAAUAUUCAAACUAGACCAAAGGUCACGGUCAGUGUCAAUACUGUUGAUCAACAGAACACUUCCUGGCAACUAACAGGCAUUGCGGUUGUUCAAGAUUCUCUAAUUAUCACAGACGCACACAAUAGUCAGGUUUUCAAGAUCGACACAAGGCCGAACGGAAAUCCUCCUGGUCUGCUGGCCAUUGACUGUCCAGUGUGUGUGGCCCUUGGACAUGGGGUCAGCGACGCCAUGGUCACUCAACCGGAACAUAAAAAAUUGUCCCUUAUUGAAACGACAGACGAAUUGAUCAUAAAAGACACAUAUGAAACUGUAAAACCUUACGAGGGCAUUGCUAGACUUCCGGACGGGAAGUACGCCGUAUCUUGCUGCGUUGUUGACCGACAGUGCAUUGACGUCAUCGACGGCGACGCCUCAAUUCUUCACACUAUUGACAAAGACGACUCCGGAAACCUGCUCCUUAGUUGGCCGCGGUUUCUAUCGGCAACUAAUAUCGGCGAAAUACUAGUUUCCGAUCGCGACAAGCGUUCUCUGCUUUGCUUUACACCAGAGCGGCGCGUCAAGUGGACGUUUCCAACGUCAGCGUCUCCAUGGGGUGUCAGCUGCCAUCCAAGCGGCGCCGUGUACAUGUGCCUUGACAACAACGAGGUCCAGGUGCUUAGCGAGGAUGGACGGCUGGUGGAGCGAGGUUUCGUGGGCCGCCGAGACGGCAUCAGCGUAUCGUACGCAAUCCAUGCCGCCGCAGACUUCAUUGCAGUCACGGAGUGGGGGUCGAACCUCUUUUCUCCCAGUAGCCCGAGAGUCCACAUGUUCGCGGUGUGAUAAAAACCAGAAUAAAUGACUUCUUUCUUAAUUCAUACGAUGAUUUCAAAACGAGAUUUAAAGGACAUCGUAACAACUAACGCAUCUUCCGAUUGCAUAAAAUCAAUAGGUUUGGUGAAAGGUUACACUAGAUAAAGUUGAAUUUGCACAAUAAACCUUAAAUUCAA